AAAAUUAAAUAGAGAAGAGGUUUUUUCUUAUUUACUAUUUUGCCUUUUCUCUUAAAAAAAAAAAUCCAAACCCUAAGCUGAUCAUUACCAACAAGCGAAAGAAGGGAGAUAGAUUGGUUUUUUCGUAGUUUUUUGUGAUGGCAAAAGUUAGCAAGUCCGAGUUUCACCAGAUGUUUAAAGAUAGGGCUAAGAACCGGUCGGAAGAUCUUCUUAGCAUGUAUAAGAAUCUCCAAUACGCACGAAAAGCAAGUCGUGGUAUAGAAGUGGCAGAACUUGAAGCACAGUUUUUUCAGAUGCUGGAAGAUAUGAAUGCUGAACUUAACGAGCCUUCCCCUGCGUCUUCUUUGCAGCAGAGUGCUGGUUGCGGGUCGUUUGACUUAAGUAAGCUGUUACAAAUAUGUGAUGAAGAAGAUGAUGCAACCAGUGGGCUAACUCCUACAAAACUUGACCCCGUUGGCCAUGAAACUACUGAAAAUGUAGCUUAUUUUCAGGAAACUUUAGAAGGCAGCUUGAAUUUGGUUGGGGAAUUCCAAGCUUCUCCUUCAGGUGUUCCACCUCUAGGAGCAGAUGGUACAGCUGAAGGUGUUUUUACUGAACUGGAUUAUCUGACUUUUGAUUUGCCUGAAGACUUUGGGUUCGACGAGAUGUUAGAGGAAGAUGGCUUAAAUCAGAUGAAUGAAUUUAUCCCUCCGCCUUCUGCUUUCUUUGGCCCAAAGUGUGCUCUUUGGGAUUGUCUAAGGCCUGCUCAAGGAUCUCCCCCUAACUAUUGCAAUGCUGUGCAUGCUUCUUUUGCUCAAACCGAAGGCCGACCUGGAAUGAAACCUGUCCUACGACCCAAAGGCAUUGACUUGAAGGAUUCUUUGUUUUUUGCUGCACUUAAUGCUAAAACAGAGGGAAAGAAUGUAGGUGUUCCAGAAUGUGAAGGGGCAGCCACUGCCAGAUCACCGUGGAAUGCUCCAGAGCUCUUUGACAUGUCAUUAUUUGAAGGAGAAACAGUACGUGAGUGGCUAUUUUUUGACAAGCCACGAAGGGCUUUCGAUAGUGGAAACCGAAAACAGAGGUCACUACCGGAUUACAAUGGGCGUGGUUGGCACGAGUCAAGAAAACAAGUAAUUAAUGAAUCAGGAUGGCUGAAAAGAUCCUAUUACAUGGACCCACAACCCACAAAGCUCCUCCACUGGCAUCUUUACGAGUACGACCUCAACAAGUGUGAUGCUUGCGCCUUGUAUAGACUAGAACUCAAACUUGUUGAUCCAAAAAAGGGUCCAAAGGGAAAGGUUGCUGAUGAUUCUGUUUCUGAUCUUCAAAAACAAAUGAGUAAACUUACUGCUGAAUUUCCAUUGGAGGGCAAGAAUAAAAGAUCCGUUAAAGGGAGAGAGAAAGCAAAUUCGAAAAAUAAAGGUGGUGCAACGAUCAAUCCUGUUUUGAGCCAAUUAUCACCAACAGGUGAUGCUUUUCAAUAUGGACAAAAUGCCCCACUGCCAGAUCCAUCACAUGAACAAUCUUAAGGCUACUGCUUGACGUCAUUAGAAAAAUAUAACAGUCGAAAUCAGUAUAUGUUUUGGUCUAUCCUUGAAUUUUAGUCGGUCUAAAUGAAUGUAUGAUAAUGGUACAGGCUUGUCAAUAGUUCAUUGUCAUCCUGACUGCUGCACUUGAUCAUCCCUGUAGAAUGAUUCUAACUGCCUUUAGCUGGUACAUGAGAAAAUUUCAUGGCUGUUGAUUAUC